AUGGCCAAAACAUUCAGCGCGAGCGACGUAGCCUCGCACAACAAGCCCACCGAUCUGUACCUCAUUGUCGACGAGGACGUCUACGAUCUUAGCAAGUUCCAGGAAGAGCAUCCUGGCGGCAAGAAGAUCCUUCAGCGAGUAGCUGGCAAGGACGCUUCAAAGCAGUUUUGGAAAUAUCACAAUGAUAAGUUACCCGAAGAGCGCGUGGCGGACGUGCCCAUUGGAGCCAAUGCUGACCAUUCAUUACAGGCCAUCUUGAAGAAGUACAAACCGCAGCUCCAAGUCGGCUCCCUGGACACCAAAGCUCAGCCCGCCGCUCCUCCAUCUCCUCCAGCGACUCCACCUCCCCAGAAGAAAGAGAAGGCUGAGCCUGUACCGGAGGCUGGCACGGCAUCCGUCGUCCCAACUCAAGAUGUGGAAGAGGAGGAAGCAAUGGAUGCAUACGGCUCCAUGAUCCCAUACGCCGAUCCUUCUUGGUACCAGAGCUACCACACACCCUACUUCAACCAGACACACGCCGCGCUGCGAGAUGAGGUGCGGCAGUGGAUGGAGGAUGAGAUUAUGCCCAACGUGACUGAAUGGGAUGAAGCGAAGAAGGUGCCAGACAGUGUGUACAAGGCCAUGGGCGAGAAAGGCUAUCUCGCUGGCCUGCUGGGUGUGCACAACUACCCCACGCAUCUCACAGACGCCAGAGUCAAGUCUGUGCCUCCGGAGAAGUGGGAUCUGUUCCACGAGAUGCUGCUCACGGACGAGCUGUCCCGGUCUGGCUCUGGUGGCUUCGUCUGGAACGUGAUUGGUGGCUUUGGCAUUGGCUGUCCUCCGGUUGUGAAGCACGGCAAGCCUGCGUUGGUGAAGCGCAUCCUGCCGGAGAUCUUGAGCGGCGACAAGCGGAUAUGUCUUGCAAUCACAGAGCCAGAUGCCGGGAGCGAUGUUGCAAACCUGACCUGCGAAGCCAAGCUCACCGAAGACGGCAAGCACUAUAUUGUCAAUGGCGAGAAGAAGUGGAUUACGAACGGCAUCUGGUGUGACUACUUCACCGUAGCCGUCCGCACGUCCGACAAGGGCAUGAACGGUAUCUCGGUCCUCCUCAUCGAGCGUUCGCACGGCGGCGUCAGCACCCGCAGGAUGGACUGCCAGGGCGUCUGGUCAAGCGGAACCACCUACAUCACCUUCGAGGACACCAAAGUCCCCGUCGAGAACCUCAUCGGCAAAGAGAAUCAAGGCUUCAAAGUGAUAAUGACGAAUUUCAACCACGAGCGCAUCGGCAUCAUCAUCCAAUGCAUCCGCUUCAGCCGCGUCUGCUACGAAGAGAGCGUCAAAUACGCCAACAAGCGCCGCACCUUCGGGCAGAAGUUGAUCAACCACCAAGUCAUCCGCAUGAAACUCGCGCACAUGGCUCGGCAGAUCGAAGCGUCGUAUUCGUGGCUCGAGAGCUUGAUCUUUCAGUGUCAGAAGAUGAAUGAUACGGAGGCGAUGUUGAAGCUGGGGGGUGCGAUUGCUGGGUUGAAGGCGCAGAGUACUGUGACCUUCGAGUUCUGCGCCAGAGAAGCCAGUCAGAUCUUCGGCGGGCUGUCGUAUAGUCGCGGUGGACAGGGUGCGAAGGUUGAGAGGCUGUAUCGUGACGUCCGAGCCUAUGCGAUUCCGGGUGGGAGUGAGGAGAUUAUGUUGGAUUUGAGCAUACGGCAGGCGAUGAGGGUGCACAAGGCAUUGGGGAUGAAGUUAUAG